AUGCAAACAUUAAUCAUCAAUCCCAAUACAAGUAUCAUUGCUCUCAAAGAUGAAGACCUCACGACAGACAAGUGGACCAACAUCAAGGUUAUACAGUUCCAAGACAAACAUGAUCAUGGAUCUGGGUUUGAUGAAUCAAUCUGGGAAAGGAAUAGAGACUUUUUGAGAGAGAUACUGCUUCCAAGGACACUGACAUCAUUGUUCUUGGAGGGACAUACCGAUACAUCACUCAUCGGCCUACCCGACAGUCUGACAAGUCUGCGUAUCGAUGAUGACUCUACUAGUUGGAACAGACCCAUUGCACCCGGCAUCCUCCCUCCAAACUUAAAGAGAAUGAUCUUUGCCGAUUCAUUCAAUCAACAAAUUGCAGCCAACUCUCUCCCUUCCACUUUGAAGUUUGUUAGCUUUGGAACAGACUUUAAUCAACCACUCCACAACCUACCUGCCAGUGUAAUCAAACUACAUCUAUCCUCAAGAAAUGAUCAUCCAAUUGGAACCAAACAACUGGUUGCACUCUUCCAUCGUGAGGACCUAGCGUUCACACCUGGCGAAGUAUUCAGCGACCUCACCAAGCUACAUAUGUGGGCCGUACAUGAGAACGAGCAGCUGCCAUUGAUCACAUCGUCCCGAUUCCCCAAACUCAAACAAUUAUACAUUGGCAAUCCAUUGGAAGAUGGACACGAACCCAUAGACCUAUCUAUGUUGCCGUCCACUUUGACAGACUUGAUUGUCACUACCAAUCGUCCAAUCACAGCAUUCCCAACCGGACUCGUUAAACUCAAUCUCCAUCACAGUAACCCACUGGUCCAGAUCACAACAUUGCCACAAUCACUUCAAUCACUUGUAUUGAUUGAAUACCAACAUGAACUGGACCUUAGUGAACUGACAUCUCUCACAAGCUUGUCAAUGAAUGCUAUUGGACAUCUGCCACACAUCAACCAACUGCCACUUCACAUACUUAGAGCGAUGUAUACAUCGAGCUUCGAUGAUAUUAUUCAUUAUGGAUUCAUCAACAUUGAUACCAUCAUGUCCAAGGUGUCCAAGUUCAAGAAGCACGUUGUACAACUAGCUAUCCCAUAA